AUGGUUGCCGUUAAAGUAGAGUUUUUGGGCGGUUUAGACCAGGUUUUUGGUGGCGUGAGGAACACAAAAUGCGUCGUCCAACCACGGAAUGAAGAUAACGAUGAGGUCACCAUCAGAGAUCUCAUCGAUCACCUUGCGGAGAAGAUGAUCACAAAUGAUAAAGAUAUGGACAUGUUCAUCCAGGAGGGCACUGUGCGACCAGGUAUUUUAGUGUUGGUGAACGAUACGGACUGGGAAUUGGAAGACAAGGAAGAGUGUGUUUUGGAUGAUGGAGACUUGGUCUCCUUCACGAGCACGUUGCACGGUGGUUGA